CAAAAUUACAAAUAGAAGACCCCACCUCUCUCCUUCAACCUUCAUGCACACCCUGACCCUGCCACUACACUUUCCAGCUUCAACAGAAAACAGUGGCAGCAGCAGCAGCAAGAAACAAGAAACAAGAAACAAGAAGAAGAACAAAAAUGGGUGUUUUCAGUGGACCUCCAAAAUCUUUCAAUUUAGAUAGAAAAUCCAAAUUUGCUUUGGAACUUAAAUCAUUCAUCACUCAUCACCUCAACCUUCUUUCCUCCGACUUAUCCGAUGACGUUCUCGCCGAGUACGUUACAGUUUUGGUAUGUAAUGCAAAAAACCAGAAUCAGGCAAGAGAAGACUUGGAGGUCUUUCUUGGGGGUAAAACUCAAAAAUUUGUAUCAUGGCUAUGGAAGUUUCUUCUGAAGAAUGAGACUCGUUUUACUGCUAUGGUAUCAUCAGAUCAAAAGGAUAAGACUUCUCAUAGUUCAUUUGACACUGAUAGAGAGAAAGCUGACGCGAGUGGAACAUUUGUAAACAGUAAAGGAAACAGCGAAUCUGUCAACUUGAUGGAUGAAUGUGAAGAAAGCUGUUGUUCACCAAGGCAAGCUUCUAAAUCUGAUGACAUGGGACCACCCAAGGAUCAUCAUCCUCUCCUUCCAAAAGAGUUGACAAAUAUCCCCAUGCAGUCAAAUGUCGCCCGAAGAAAAGUAGCUAAUUUUGAUUCCUUGCCAGAGGUGCUUUCAUCAGUUGGGAAGUAUCAAACUGCAAGAGUGGAUGACUUUGAAAAGACACCCUUUUUAGAACAGAGGGAUUCUGCUCAGAUACAAGCUCCUGCUUUUGAAGCAAAACCUUCUUGUCACAGAUCAAAUAAGGAUUGUGCUGGUAUAUCGGGGAGGCCAAUGUCUUCACCAGAGAGGAUUCCUGAUUUUGGAACACAUGUUUCUAAUGUUAGUAAUCUUUCAGUAGGUCCGUCCUCCCACAUCGGCCAGUCAAGGCAAAGUGUUUGGGACAGAUUGGGGAAGCCACGACAUGAUGCACCACUGAGAAGGCAGGUUGCCAAUUUUUAUGAGAAGGAAGAGGCACGAUGCAGUAGAGAAGAGAUUGACAAAAAAUCACCAUUGAUUUCUAAGCCUGCUAAACAAAUAGGUCAGGUUACUCCACUUCCUCUGCCUAGAGUUCAAGACCCGAUUGCUGAAGAAGGUGGCGCUCACAAAAUUGAUGACAACAUGAGACUGAAACAUAUUGCUAAGAUAGAUUCUGAGGUUCCCUCUAUGAGUCAUAUAGGAAAAAAGAGACAGUUUAAUGAGAUUAGUAGCAAGACAGAUACGGGUCUAGAAACGGAGAAGAGAGCAGAUGACAAAUUUAAACAAGCUUGCCAAUCCGAUAAGAUAUCAGAGGUUUCAUCGGAGGCUUCUCUAUUUGUUGUCCCACAAGUGGACCUUGUGAAGUUACGUUUGCGUCAGAUUGAGAAAGAGAUGGCUAAGCUGAGAGCAAAGCAAGUAUCGUUGGAGAAAGAUGGAAAUACCAACUUAUUGACAAACUCUGGUAUGGUAAAGCCAACAGAGGAUGAAUCAAGAACAGUGCUCGUGACUAAUGUGCAUUCCGAGGCGACAGAAGAAACUUUAGCUAUGUAUUUCCAGAAGUGUGGAGAUGUGGUGCAUGUAGUCAUAUCUGAUAAUAUGCCUUCUACAAGAGAAAGGUCUGCCUACAUUACUUUCCAAAGCAAGGAGGAUGCAGAUUGGGCUUUGAGAUUCAGUGGGGCAUCUUUUUAUUCAAGAACCAUCAAGGUUUCUAGGAUGGGAGAAAUUCCUAGUACAACCACAACAUCAGCCCAAAUUGCUGGCAAGAAUUUGCAGGUUUCUCAGUUGAAGAGCAACAUGGAUCCUGAAGGAAAUGUUUCUUGUGAUGCUCAACCAGAACAUGUAGCUUUUACUUGUGACAAAACAAAAACAGCUGCUGAAGAUGCUCGUCAACGAGGACCUCUAGCUGCUACUGACUCAGAGUUGACUGGAGAAACAGAGCAGCAGACUCUUAAUGACUGACACGUGCUUCAACGGCAGAAGACUAAAAGUGCUCGAGUAGGACAGGCUUGACAUAUAUUAACAGUUGUACCAUGUUGGUGUCAAUUUCACAUAUUUGGGUUGGGAGUUGAUGAUAAGAAGAGACUUUCAACCUGGGACAGAUUGCACAUACCUAACUACUUCUGUCGAUUCAGUUCCUGUAAGUACUUGUACAGAAGCAAUAGACAAGGGUCACAGAGCAUUGGCAAUUCCGUAUUUGGUGUUAACUAUUAGUAGUAUCUCCAGCUUUAAAUUUUAAAGAAUCUGUACAUUGGUCCAAUAUGCCGUUCAUGCUUUA